AUGACAAUAGAAAUUAAAAUAAACACAGACCCUAAUAUACUCCGGAUUUUCAUAAUAAGACAUGGUCAAACCGAGCAUAAUGUACAAAAGAUCUUACAGGGUCAUCUAGAUAUAGAUAUGAAUAAAACAGGCCACAAUCAAUCGCAAUUAGUUGGAGAGGCUCUAAAAGACAUGCAGUUUGAUGGAUUUUCUACUUCCGAUUUAAUAAGAUGCCAAAAUACAAGUAAGGAAAUUCUUGAACAUCAUCAGAAUAUAGAAGUCAGGUAUACUCAGAAUUUAAGAGAAAGAGAAAUGGGAGCUGUUCAAGGAAUGUAUCUUAAAGAUGCGCUUGCAAAAUAUGGCGAAAAUUUUAGAAAUAUGGGUGAGUCUAAAGAAGAUUUCUUAGUAAGGGUCGACAGUGAGUGGGACCGCAUUGUAAAGCUCAGUGAAACCAAAAAGUAUUCAAAUUAUGGAAUUUGUACCCAUGGAGGAGUCAUAACUGCGUUCAUUAACUAUCUUUACGACAUCAAGAAAUAUAACUUGAGUCUGUCCUUGAAACCUGAGGACUUAAAAGUUCCAUUUAAUACGUCAGUUUCAGUAAUAGAUAUUAACAAACAAGAUGGCAGAGGUAUCAUUCAAAUAUUUGGCAACACUGAUCAUUUGGGGGCACAACUAGAGGUAAAAGAACAAUUAUUGAGGUAA